GUUAAUAAAGUUGUUAUUGACGGCAUCGGAAGUAAACGGUCGGUUGCCCGGUUGCUCAGUUACUAAGCUGCGGCCGAGGAGCAACAGGACUGUCAACAAGUUGUCCUCAGCGGCCGAGUCGGUUUGUCUGCGGACGGUUUGACGUUUUAACGUGGACCUCUCGGUGCAGAUGGUCCACUGCGGCGGACAAACCGAGGUGGAGGUGUGUCUGUCCUCAGCGAUCCUGACUGAAUUCAUGAAUUAACCUCAGCAGGGUCCAGUACUUCAAACAAAGCAGCCAGUCUCCCAGUGUGACCAGUAUGGCUGCGGCCAACACCACCAAGAUCUCAUGGCGACUGCAGGAGUUCGAGGCUCACUCCAGCAGCGUUUCCUGUUUGGCUCUGGGGAAAAGCUCCGGCCGCCUGCUGGCCACAGGAGGGGAGGACUGCAGGGUGAACAUCUGGGCCGUGAGCAAGGCCAACUGCAUCAUGAGUCUGACCGGUCACAAGAACCCGGUGGAGUGUGUCCAGUUCAACAUGUCAGAGGAGCAGGUCGUCGCUGGUUCACAGUCUGGAUCAAUACGAGUCUGGGACCUGGAGGCAGCCAAGAGUGAGACCCAGUUUAUUCUGUGUGUGCGUGCGUGCGUGUGUGCGUGUGUGCAUGUGUGUGUUUGUGACUCUGCUGCUUCCUCUUCUCCAGUUUUAAGGACUCUGAUGGGACACAAAGCAAACAUCACCAGUCUGGGCUUCCAUCCAUUUGGAGACUUCCUCGCCUCCAGCUCCAUGGACACAAACAUCAAGCUGUGGGACGUUCGGCGGAAAGGAUAUGUGUUCAGGUAUAAGGGUCACACUCAGGCGGUGAGGAGUCUCGCCUUCAGUCCUGAUGGGAAGUGGUUGGCUUCAGCCAGUGACGAUUGCACCGUAAAGCUGUGGGACCUGACACAGGGAAAGACAAUCACAGAGUUCAAAUCUCACACUGCAGCCAUCAACAUCGUCCAGUUCCACCCCAACGAGUACCUGCUGGCCUCAGGCAGCUGUGACAGGACCAUCAAACUGUGGGAUCUGGAGAAAUUUACUAUGAUUGGCUCAUUGGAGGGAGACACGUCUCCCAUCAGGUGUAUAUUUUUCAGUCCGGAUGGUGGCUGUCUGUACAGCGGGGCCACGGACUCUCUGCGGGUCUUUGGCUGGGAGCCCGACCGCUGCUUCGACGUGGUCCCGGUGGGCUGGGGGAAAGUCUCAGACCUGGCCGUCUGCAACCAGCAGCUCAUCGGUGUGUCUCAUCAGCUGUCCAGUGUGUCCUCCUACGUUGUCGAUCUGAAAAGAGUGAAGAAGAGCGGCGGCUCUGUGAUCCAGGGAAUCAUCCAGGACAACCAGCCGCUCACAGAGCCGAAGGAUCCCAAAGGAUCCGCGCUGAGGAGGAACUACGAGAGACCCACAACCACCUGCAGCUCACAGAGAGUGAAACAGAGGUCAGAUGCUGAUAGGCGGAGCCCUGAAGGUGAGAGGCGGAGCCCCAGUGAGGAUGAGGCAGAUGAGAAAGCGUCAUCAGCUGAGAUCCACAACGCUGAGGACUACAAGGAGAUCUUCCAGCCCAAGAACGCCAUCUCUCGGACCCCUCCCAAGAUAUCGGAGCCUUUCCCUGCUCCUCCAGAGGACGAGACCAUCUUAGCAAUCGGCCGUCAGCUGAAGGACAUGAUUUCCCCGUUUCCGGACAAGCAGCAGGCUCCUCCGCUGGCCUCCUCCACUCCUGUCCAGAGGGUGGAGCCUACAGUGGUCUCCUGUGCGAAGCGUCCGGCCUCCUCGGAGGUGGGCCCGUCGUCCUCCAACCCCACCUCCUGCCCCCCUCAGCCUCCCAUCACCACGGCCAAGUCUAAACCACAACCUAAAAUCAUCCUGAGCACCAGGAACGAGCCCAUCGGGCUGAACGUGGCCGACUUCCUGCCUUCUUCUCCCAACCACAGACCCGGAGCUCUGAGCGAUGACGAGGCUCUGUCUCAGAUCAAGAAGGGUCACGACACCAUGUGUGUGAUGCUGAGCAGCCGACACAAGAACCUGGAGACGGUCCGAGCCGUGUGGGCCAGAGAGGACAUCAAGAGUGCUUUGGACGCUGCUGUCUCCAUGAAUGACCUGUCUAUAGUUGUGGACAUCCUCAACAUCAUCAACCUCCAACCGUCUUUGUGGAAACUGGAUCUUUGCACGACGAUUCUCCCUCAGAUUGACAAACUGCUGCAGAGUAAAUACGAGAGCUACAUGCAGACUGGCUGUACGUCUCUGAAGCUCAUCAUGAAACAUUUCUGGAUGCUGAUCUCAGACACGCUGAAGGCGGCGCCGUCCGUUGGAGUCGACAUCACACGAGAGGAGCGACACCAGAAGUGCAGAACGUGCUGUAAGCAGCUGAAGAACCUGAGUAACAUGGUGAAGAACAAGGCGGCGCAGGUCGGUCGACACGGCAGCGCCUUCAGAGAGCUGCAGCUGCUCAUGGCUCCGCUCGACGACGCGCUCUGAGAGGGACCAGCUGAAGAUCAGCUGAUCUGAGGAGGAUCAGCGAGUCCAUGUGUUCACAUGACUUUAAAUCCUGCACAGGCUCCGGUCACACUGUGACGGUGUGGGAAGAAGCAGCGUGUUAAUACAAGUGUAAUUUAAAGAUUCUAGUCUUCCUCAAACUGACACUUAAAGGAAAUCGCUUUGUCUCAGAAUCGGAGACGCGGGACUGAGUUGGACAAUCAACAGCAGUGAGACGAGGCCGCAGGUCCAGCUGCGCUCUGCUGUGGCGUUCGUCCAUUUACGUCUUUAAACUGGACUCUGUGCCGAGGACACGUGGCUCAGAGCAGCUGGGACAUGACAGAAAAGACGAGUUGUAGAAAAUGACAAAAUGAAAAGUGAUCAGACUUUGAGAAAAGAAAAUGUGCUUAGGUGAAAGCCGCUCUGCAUUGUGGGAAAUGUUUGACACCACUCAUUUCCAAUCACGUGUGUUCAGCAGGAGUUAGGAUGUGCUUAGCUUAGCUUAGCAUAUCAACAGGAAACCGUUAGCCUGCAUGGAGCCAGGCUAACGGUUUCCUGUUGAUAUGCUAUAACAAUUGAUAUGUUUCAGGCCACCUUUAGCUGUUUCCGGUCUUUAAGCUGAGCGAAUCAGCUGUAGCUUCAUAUUAGCGUGCAGACGUGAGCAUGGUAUCAGCUUCUCCGUUCCUAUUAAUGUGGCCAUGAGCGUUUGCUCUCGUCAAAGCUGCAGAGCUUCAGGAACACGUGGCGAGAGGAGACAGCCUUGUUCUGUACCUGUGCCCACCUGAAUCAGGAUGUUUCUAAUCGUUCAUAAUGAACAAAGGUUUCAGAGAACUGAGGUCAGGUGAUCAGAAACACCUGAGGGGAGGGAAGCAACAAAAUCUUAGUCCUUCAUACAGACUCCGAUGAAGUUACUCUCUUUUUCUACUUUCUCUGCUUUUCAGUCUCAGAUCCACUGUUAUAAAUGUACAGUUCCUACUGGUUAUUUAAAUAAAGUUGUACAUGUUUGAA